CUUCAAGAGAGAGUGAAGGUGAGCUUUUUUCUUCUAUACUGCGCCUGCGUAAAUGUUUCUAUGACUUCCGAUAGCAGCAAGUAAGCCAACGUUAACCAGUGACGUUAGCUAUCAAGUACUAGCAGUAGCCCCAGCAGAAGUACAAGAUCAUACGACGGAUCAGAGUUUUUUCUUCUUCACCAGACUGCUCCCCGAAGGUGCUGCAGAAUUAUCGGUCUUUUCAGUCCCUUCCUCAACCUGCAAAAAUGCCAGCCGCACUUGCAGAUACCAGUCAGAUUAUCUGUGAGGUCUGGGCAAGCAAUGUGGAGGAGGAAAUGAGGAAAAUCCGACAGAUAAUUCAAAGCUACAACUCCAUUGCCAUGGACACAGAAUUCCCCGGAGUAGUAGUUCGACCCAUUGGCGAGUUUCGCAGCACAGUAGAUUACCAGUACCAGCUCUUGAGGUGCAACGUGGACCUUCUGAAAAUCAUCCAAUUGGGACUGUCGUUUAUGAACGAGGACGGAGACUAUCCUCCUGGAACAACAACAUGGCAGUUUAAUUUCAAAUUUAAUUUAACAGAGGAUAUGUACUCCCAGGACUCAAUAGACCUACUCCAGAACUCUGGCCUCCAAUUCAAAAAGCACGAGGAAGAGGGGAUCGACACACUCUACUUUGCUGAGCUCCUGAUGACAUCUGGUUUAGUGCUGUGUGAAAAUGUCAAGUGGCUCUCCUUUCACAGCGGGUAUGAUUUUGGCUACCUGGUGAAGCUCUUAACGGACACUCGCCUACCUGAGGAGGAACAUGAGUUCUUCCAGAUCCUCAAUCUCUUCUUCCCUGCAAUCUAUGAUGUGAAAUAUCUGAUGAAAAGCUGUAAGAACUUAAAGGGAGGACUCCAGGAGGUGGCUGACCAGCUGAACUGAAGAGGAUUGGGAACAGCACCAGGCCGGUUCCGAUUCACUGCUCACAGGGAUGGCAUUCUUUAGGAUGAAAGAGGUACCUAUUCUAUUCUUAAUGUCUCCUAUCUUCCAUGACAUUUUCAACAUUGUGCUUACACCUGUCAUGUCCUUUCAAAUCAUGGUCAGGAAGGAAAUUAACCUUUUUAAAUUGACAGUCCCAGUUCAAGAUGUAGAAACUAGCCUUGAUGAUGGGGACGUGCAUCUUGUUGGAGAACCUGAGUU